AGCAAACCAAACUAGAUUGUAGAUGUAUACGAGUCCUCUCUAUACACCUCAACUUCAGAGGUCCUCGUGGGCGUUGCGCUCCAUACUAAAAUUCUUCUAAAGGUUCUCAGAUAGUUAUCUGGUCAGGUCUGUGAUCGGCGGACUUGUGGUGGCUUAUUCAGGAGCUUCGCUUUGCUAGAUGAUCAAGUUAUUAUGGGGCGAGCGGGGCACGGAAGGUGGAGGAUCGGGCGCUCCCAACCUCCGGGUCCGCUGCGCGCCACGCGUUCCUCUUGGUAGCCACAAAUAUGGUGGGGUCCACCACGAUUUCUUCUUCCCACCCCGUUCUUUAUCCUCUGGACUCUGGUACAUGCGUGCGGCACGCAUCUCGCUGCCGCCGCCGCCUUCCCAGCUGCUCGCGCCGCCUCCCGCCCGCUCGCUGCCGCUUUCCCACCUGCUCGCGCCGCUCCCGGCCGCUGGCUACCGCCUCAAGGCCGCUCGACGCCACCUCCCGGCCGCUCGCUGCCGCCUCAAGGCCGCUCGACGCCGCCUCCCGGCCGCUGGCUACCGCCUCAAGGCCGCUCGACGCCGCCUCCCGGCCGCUCGCCGCCGCCUCCUUCCAAGCCACGAGUCGCUGUGCAACACCGGUGUUCCGAGUUCCGACUGUCGUUGUCCCCUGCUCGCACGGCCUCCGACGAGGACGCCGCCUCUUGGAGCUCCGACCCUAUCGCUCCGGCAGCCGUCGUCCUUCUCGGAGCUUGGCCAGCGUAGUAGCUUCUCCGACCCGGCUGCUCCAACCUUGAGCGCAUGGAGACGCUUGCGGCCAGAUGAAUAGCACCGCCGAGGACAACUUGCACCGCCCUGGAAUGGCGCCUAGCUCCCCUGGCUCCGGCCGUCGCCAGAGAUAGAGGCUGCAGCGGAGCCCGAAGCAAUUGUCCUCCCGGCGCUCGCGCUCACAUUAGAAGGAGCUUGCGGAUGAGGCCCGUAACCCAAGCUCUCGCGCCGGCAAUCCGGUGAGGUGGAGCUCGCACGGAUGGCUCCGGGACGAGCUGACACUAGGGUGCAGGGGCUGUGCCGCCAGGCGUGGCGGUGGAACUCCGGCAACUGGCCGGCGGUGCUACGACAAACGUUGGCGUUGCUACGGGCAGAGUUUGGUGCUACAACAGCAGUUUGCAAUGGGUGGCCGACGGUGCUGCAAACGCCGCCCAUCGGAGUUGCGAAUGAAGGAAGUCGGUGCUGCAAAACGCUGCUCGCCGGAGCUGCAAAUGUGCAUUAGCGGUGUUGCAAAGGCUAUUUUCCGAAGCUACAAACCGUUAGCAGCGGUGCUACAAACUGUCAGUGACGGUGCUACAAAGGUUGUUCAUCGGAGCUGCAAAUGGACAUCGGUGGUGCUGCAAAUAAUCAGUGGCGGCCCUGCAAAUAUUCUGUCAUUCUGCUACUUUAUUAUAAAUUUUGUGCUACAAUGUCUCUGGCGAGUCUCCGACGAAAUCUGUGUUGGAUGAUCUUUUGUUUUUUAUUUCUAGGUGAAUCAUUUUUCGCUUCAAUGAAAUAAAAGCAAAAGAUUUUUUCUGCGAAACAAAGUCUGAACGAGUCACAACUCUCUUUCUAUUUUUAGUCUGCUUCAAUAAAGCAAAAGCGGAAGGUUUUUUGCUGCAACGAAGCAAAGUCUGAACGAGUCGUAACUCUACUUCUAUUUUAGUCGAGCCGGUUUUUACUUUAAUGAAGCAAAAGUGGGACUUUUUUUGCUACGACGAAGCAAAGUCGGAGGACAUGUCUUUCCUUUUCUAUUUUUAGGCGAAUCGUUUUUUGCUUCAAUGAAGCAAAAGCGGAAGGUUUUUUUGCUGCGACGAAACAAAGUCUAAACGAGUCUCUAGCAACUCUCCUUCUAUUUUUAAUCGAACCGUUUUUUGCUUCAAUGAAGCAAAAGCGGGAUCUUUUUUGCUGCGACGAAGCAACAUCAGGAUUUUUGGCUGAAAGUGGACACGUGACGCUCAGGGAAGCAGGAGGCUGGAACGAUUCUAACCUCCGGAGGAUCCUCAGCAGUAUUGAGAACAAGCAAGUGCGUGAGUGUUUGCCCUAUGCCUGGGCGCUCCACGAUAGCACCGUCCCCCGUGAGGGUUGGAUGCUAGCUUUUCAAGUCUCCAUAAUUGGG